AGAUGUUAGGUGAAUAAGGAAAAAAUGAUAGAAUACAGGAAAAUGGCCAUUUUUAUUUAAAGUUUUCUUGGAGUCUUGGCGUUAAGGUCCAUCAGAAGCAAAACAAAUUGAUGCAGCUAGUGCAUAUCAUUGUGGCCACAGUGUACAAAUGCACAGAAUUUUAUUUUGAGAGAAUGGUCUUUUGGCAUGGGUGUUUUGCAGUUCUUUGGCAGUGAGAAGUUUCUGGCCAGCUCAGAUUUGUCAUGUCCCUCCCUUGAACUUAGAGGCAUCAAAGAAGGUCAAAUGGCUGGAUCCUCUUUCUCAAACUUGCUGUUAUUUUUUUUUCCUUCUUUUUUUGUUAAGAUAAACAACAUUAGAUUCAAGUCUAGGGAUGGGUCAAAGUGUGGUUUUUUCUUCCUGCAGCAGGAAACAAUGAUAUGACUCUCAGGAAGGGCUCUUUAGCUCUCUUCCCUUCCCUGUGAAGCCUGGUAUCCACUGUGCACAGAACAUCUCUCCUGGUACCCAAAGUCAGCCUUUCCUAUAUGUGUAUCCAUCCUGACCUCUCUGAGCCUAAUGUCCUUGUACUUGGGAUGAGGGAGCUCUAUGCAAUGACUUCUAAGCAUUUCUCCAGAUCUGACAGCCCAUGCUAGGAGCUUUGACCAGCAGCAAUUCAUGUAAAUAAUACAAGUGAUUUGGGGUUUUAAAGUUAGGUUAACAUGAAAAAAAUACUACUCAUAGACACAUAAAUGAUACAUACAAAGUAGGGGAUAUUUUAAAAGGCAAUAUUUGAAAUAUUUUCUUAACCUUCUGCAUUGUUUAAAUGUAAUUGUCAAAACUGCUACAGUCUGAAAGUUCUUCAUUUACUACAUUACAAAAUUGACUUAAUAAUGAAAUCAAAUUUUAUUAGUCUUGUGCUGUAAUAAGUCCACAAAACCAUACUUUAAAAUAGUAGUUGCAUCGAUGAGUGUGUUAUAGAGGUAAACAUACUAAUACAAGAGAAUCACAUCACCAAAUGUUUUAUUAGUGGGAACAGGUAAUUUUUAAAAUUUAAUUCAUAACACAAUCACAGAGUACUUAGCUCUCUUAAUGAAUGUAUUUCUCAUUCUCCAGGGAAUUUUGAAAAUCUCUCAAUUCAAUUACAAAUGCUCAGUGAGAGUCAAUCAGAUUGAUUUCUUGUUCUUUAUUCCAAGGGUAAAUAAUAUAUUAGAACAAGCAAGGGGUGCAAGAUGGAAAAAGGUUAAUUAGAUCCAGUUGUGCUUAUAUGCACAUAAAACAAUGAGUAAGCUGUUUUUUUAUUUUGUUUCAUUUUCAUAAAUAAUGCAAAAUAUUCCAAGAAUUAAGAAAAUAUGUGCAAUAUUAUACUGUACAAUAGAUGUGACUGGAAAAACUGAAUAGUUGGAUAGCCAAUUCACAAAUCAAUAAAUUAUUUCAAUAUUUCAGGAAAACCCUUUUUUUUGUUGUUUUUUUUUAUGUCCACAUGCACGGUAUAUGGAGGAUCCCAGGCUAGGGGUCUAAUCAGAGGUACAGCUGUCGGCCUACACCACAGCCACAGCAACGCAAACUCUUUUUAGUUAAAAAGGCUAUACCUUAGUCAGUGAUAGUUAAGAAUGAAAACUGACUCCAUAAUUUCACAUGAAUGUUUAAAUUUCAUAUCAGGAAAACAAGACAAUAUUAUUUUGUGGAGAAACACUGAUGAUUAACGCUUACCGUAUAUUAUUAAAUAAUCAGUUAACUGUUGAAAUUUGAGCAUUAAUUGAAAAAUAAAAAAGGGAGUGUUCUGUAUUUCUAGACCAUCAUUAGUUCAAAGAACUUAGAAUCUUUUCAGGUAUAGCCAGAUAUUUUUAAAAAGUAACAUAUUUUAAUUCAGCAGAAAACAAUUCUUUUGAGCUAUGCUGAGAAAUAAUAAACAUGACAUAUUUUAUUCAAUGGGCUAAGAAACAGAGAAGCAGCAAUGUUGUACAAAUUUGCAUUAUUAAUGUGACUCUUACAUGGCAAGGAUUUUUAUAUGAAGAGGAAACAUUGGAAAUCCCUUCCUCAACUGGAAGGUCCACCUUGGAUGGAUUACAUGGUAAAGUAAAUUUGGUCAAUAGAUGAUUUGUUUGAAUUUUAGAAUCUGGAAUUGUUUAGAGAUAGUCUACACAUACCCUCUAUAUGUCUUCUCUUUUGCUGUUCUCUUAAUUUCUUUUUUUUCUUAUCUCAACACAUUCUUUGAAUAGAGAAACAACCGGGUAACCUUGGGAAGGUCCACCAGCACAGCAACACCAAAAUAUCUUCUUCAAUUAUAUUCUUGAUUUAUUUCAACCUCUUUGGGGUCAUAUUGUUAUUAUUAUUACCCAUUAGGGUUUGGGAGAAGUUCCUUGAAUUGAAUUAAUUGUCCUCCUCUUCCCCUACUUAUAAUUAUUCCCUUGAUGAUCAGUGUGACCCUUAGACCAGGUUGUUUUCCAUAUAGUCUUAUUUGUACUGUUGAAAGAAAUGUGUCAUGUAAACAUGCCUAGGGCUCUUGCUGGUAGAACCUUCCCAUAAACACUUUCCUUAUUUAUUUUAAAUGUGUCUGGUUGUCUGGUUUCCUAUCUAAAAUGUUCUAUUCUAUUUAGUUGGUGGAUUUAAAUACUUAAAUUUAAUACUAAUUAAUCAGAUAACCAGUAAUUAAACUUAGUGUUAAUUUUAAACUUAUUUUCAUUAGGUUAAAACAUACAGAAUUUUGUGCUGUAUUAUAUUGCCAUAUAUAGAGUAAAAAUUAUCCAAUGUCAGCCAUGCUAUGUAUUUGACCUAAUAUUUUCUUCUUUACCAUGAGAGAAACAGAACAACAAUCAAAGGCAUAGGUUUGGGAGUCAAACAGACGAGCCUUCAAAUUACAGCGCAGUCAUUUACUAGCUGUGUGAUUGUAGAUAAUUAUUUAGUCUUUGGCCUCAGUUUCUUCAUCUGAAAAUUAGGGCUAAUAAUAGUAUUCACUGCAUUGAAUUUUUGUGUGUAUUAAAGGAAUUAAUGCACACAGUGUUGUUAUGGAGUGCUCAAAAAACAUUAGUGAAAGUGAUUAUUAACAUUGGAUUUAAUUAAUAUUUUGAUUGUAUUUCCCACUCUUUUCUUUUUCCUCUUGAAUUUCCUCAUUGGUGCUCCUGGUUUAUAUGCUCUUGCAUUCCUAGCCCAUUAUAUUUUCACAUACUAUCUCAUUUGAUACUAUGAGCAUGAUGGAGUUUACUUCUAUAACAGCUAGCAUUUAUUUAGCAACUACUAUUUACCUCAUACUACAUGUAUAAACUAUGCUUCUACUAUCUAUGUAACAAUUCCAUGAGAUUGGCACUCCUAUUGUCCCUGAUUUACAGGUAAGAAAACUGAGAGCUAGGAAGUGGUCAAGCCAAGGUCUGAAAGGAGUUAGUUUGCCUCCAGGGCUUGUGCUCUUAACCAGUACACUGUAUUACCUCUUAGUCAAUUAUUUGGCUUUAUUGCUUUCAAAGUUUCAUUGCUCCUCAACCAGUAAAUUUCAACAUGUCACACUGUUUUUCAAAGAAAACAAAACAAGACCAGAAUAAAAAACAAACAAACGCUGCUUCAUUGAAAUUUUAUGUGCUGAAUAGAAAUUAUUUCCUAGAAUAUUUGUACUCUCACAGGUAAGACUGCUACACAAUUUGCAGAGUCUUGUGCAAAAUAAAAUUACAGGGCCCUGUAUUAAAAAGUUGUUAAGAAUUCUAGUGACAGUGUGACAGUAGAGCAUUAAAUUGAGCGUGUGGUCCUUUAGAGCAAGAGAACAUGUGUGGCUAAAAGGUAGUACACCCAUAACCUAAGACCUGCUUACAGGGCCCAUAAACUGGCCGUGGCCCAAUGCAUCUAUCCUUCAGUCAACCCCAGUGAAGCCUGAUAAUAUGAAUGGAACAGAAGCGCUGAAGACCUCUUAUUGAGUCUGUCUCAGAAUCAUUCUAGUUUCUACACUGAGAGCAUCUCAGCAGAAGGACCUUUAGCGGAGACUUGGGAGGGAAGCAAGGAUAUCAGAUCUGAUUACUGGUGCUGUGAAAAAGGAGAAGUAUAGACCACUUUUCCUCUUAGCAGUCCAGAGUGAGAUGGUGGUCAGGAUGUGGGGAGAAGAAAGAGGAAGUUCUAGGGAACUCCCUCCACCCCACAAAGAGGGAAUUGUCCUUGUCCCCCAUCAGAAUGGUGGCAGCAACCUGUGAAAUAUAUCCAUGAACGUUGUUUGUUUGGAAGGGGUCCACGUUAAUUUAUUUAAAAUUAGUAAGCCUGGCACUGCUCAUUCAAAUGCUUUGCGUUUUGCACUUUUAACAUUAUAGACAAAAAUGAUGUUUUUAGUCUUCCUCCUAAAAGUAGAAAAGAGCUGCAUAUCUGAAAAAUAGUUGUCAUUAAUUUUUGAGCUUUGAUUCAAUCUGUGGUGUAUAUCAAAAAUAUUGUUGUUCAGUCUAGUAGGCAAACAAGCAUGCGAGCAGGUGCUUUUAGAAUAAAAAAAUAUAGGUUUAAAUUCAGAUCCCUCUCCUUAUUGACUCUAUGACCUUGGGAAAGUAACUUUUCUGAGCCUCAGUUUUUUAAAUUUAAAAAGUGAGAAAAUUUUAGAAAUAAUAAACAACCUCAGAUGAUCUUUAUAAUUUUUCAGUACAUAAAGGUGUUUAGUGCAAUACCUGGCACAUCAUAAGAAUUCAAUAAAUUAUAGAGACAUUAUUUCAUAUAAAUAUGCAUAUAUUUCAUUUAGAGGUACAUUUGUAUUCAUGUAUGUGUAUACUUUUAAGUAUAUAAUACGGAUAGGCAUAUGCAUAUGUGUAUGUAUGUAUAUUUGUGUAUAAAUGAGGUUUCUGAGUUUUGGGUUCUCAUAUAUUGGAGAAGGGAAAAUGCUUGGCCAGGAGGAUUGGCUGCAGUAGUUUUUUGGGGGCUUCUGCCUGUCACUGCCAAUUCAACAUUUAAGUUUUAUGGUAUUCAAAUUAAAUUACUACUGUCUGUACAAUUAGGGACUUUCUCAGCAUCAUCCCUAUGCUUCGAAUCAGGCAGAUGGAGUGUUUACUUGAAUAUAAAUCUAUAUAAUCCCCUGAGAAAUCCAGGUGUGUUUCCUCUCUGAAAUGGUGGUGAUGUGCUUCCAGGUGCUAUGCAGAACAUUGAUUAGAAUGUGUACAUUGCCUUCCAUCUUACUUAGACGCCAUCUCUCUCCCUAAUCUCUAGCCACCUGAUGUAUUUUUUAUGUGUCUCUUGAUUUUAAUCACUGAGAAUAAGACGGAAAAUACCCGAUUUCUAAUAUCUCUUUUGAUAGCAUAGUGACGGAGUAUGUGUCCAAAUUUGUCUCCAAAAUUUCAGUUUUAUUCCCUCAAAUUUCUUGAUAACAGUUGUUUAGUUAUUAUAGGCUCAAUAUAUAAUGCACCAAACUUUGUGAAUCUGAAAAAUGAAGAAAAGGCAGAAGCAAUUGUGUACCAAACAUAAACAGCGCUUACCUUGUCUUACGAUUUAAAUAUGCAAAUAAGCAUGAAAAUAAUGAGUGCUUCUCUGUUGUUUUGCUAGUGAUUGGAAUAAUUUCAACAGUAGUCUUUAAAAAAUCUAUUCAUUGAAUGUAUUUUCCAUAAUGAGUAAUUUGUUCUAUGUCUCAUUUUCUCUGAAAGUUCCCCUACUUGAACCUCUGACUUGGCAGUUUAAACUUCUCCAGAACUUUUGAAUUAUUAAUCUUGGCUGCAUGAUAUGCAAAUCAGACUGUACUAACUGGCCAGCAGCACAGCACUGGGUCAGAAGCUGUAUCAAGUUGCUGGCAAAGAAUAUCUGUCAAGGGAUCAGGGCUUUCCAACAUAAUGGCAUCAAAUGCAACCUGCAAAAACUGGCAGGCAACAGAGAUUGCCUUGGAAAAGUAUUACCUUUCCAUUUUUUAUGGGAUUGAGUUCAUUGUGGGAGUCUUUGGGAAUACUGCUGUUGUUUUCGGCUACAUCUUCUGUCUGAAGAACUGGAACAGCAGUAACAUCUAUCUCUUUAACCUUGCUAUCUCUGACUUGGCUUUUUUGUGUACCCUUCCCAUGCUGAUGAGAAGUUAUGCCCAUGGAAAAUGGACAUAUGGACACAUGCUCUGCAUAAGCAACCGAUACGUGCUUCAUGCCAACCUCUACACCAGCAUUCUUUUCCUCACUUUUAUCAGCAUUGAUCGAUACAUUCUCAUGAAGUAUCCUUUCCGGGAACACCUCUUGCAAAAGAAAAAGCUUGCUGUCUUAAUUUCUUUGGCCAUUUGGGGUUUAGUAACUGUAGAGCUCCUGCCCAUACUUCCUCUUAUAAAUCCUAUGAUAGCUGUGAAUAGCACCAGCUGUACUGAUUAUGCGAGUUCUGGGGACCCCAACGUCAGCCUCACUUACAGCAUGUGUCUCACUUUCUUGGGGUUUCUAAUUCCUCUUUUUGUGAUGUGCUUCUUUUAUUUCAAGAUUGCCCUUUUCCUAAAGCAGAGGAGCAGGCAGUUGGCUACCACUCUGCCCCUUGAAAAGCCUCUCAACUUAGUCAUCAUGGCAGUUGUGAUCUUCUCUGUGCUGUUUACUCCCUACCACAUCAUGCGGAACGUGAGGAUCGCUUCUCGUGGGGGGACCUGGAAGCAGUCAAAGUGCACUGAGGCCAUCAUCAACUCCUUGUACAUGGUGACUCGGCCUCUGGCCUUUUUGAACAGCGUCAUCAACCCUGUCUUCUAUUUCCUCGUGGGCGAUCAUUUCAGGGAGAUGUUGAUGAAUAAACUGAGGAACCACUUCAAGUUCCUUACAUCCUUUAGAAGAUGAGCUCAUGGACUAACAUUUUCAUUCAGGGAAAAGUGAGGUGCUUGUGUAACAGAUUCUUUUACACAGGCGGCUGCAGGCCAGUUCGAGUUUGAAUUCACAUAUGUAAAUCAGAGAGAUCAUAGACUUGACCCAGUUUUGAAGGCAUGUUGGGCCCAGGUGUGUAAGAAGAAGAGGAUGGGAAGUAUUUAUUGGUUUCUUGACCUAAGCAUUGAAAGGAGUUGGACUAGCUCUAAUGUUUGGGCAUGUAAGUCUCAAAUCCUAGGUGUUAUAGGACCUUCUCAACCAGUGUGAAAGAAAUAGAAGAGAGAUAAAGAAGCAAGUCAUCUGUGUUUAUUUUGUAAAAAAAAAAAAAAAAAAAAAAGUUAUAUUAGUAAUGUUCUGUAUGUUAUUUUUAUUCAUACAAUCCUGUAACUUUAUGUGAGAACUGAAUAAUAGAAGAUGAUAUUUAUGUUAUUAAACAUUGUUGUUAGAAGUUGUGCCCUUGAGCAAAUUUAGGGUAAGCAAUAACAACAAUGAGCAGAAAGCAACAUAAUGAUUUCAAAGAUAUCUCUAUGAUAUUUCUUCAUAUUCAUCAUGAAUUGGGGUCAAUUUGUAAUUAUAAGUCCUUUUUGGUGAUAUGGUUUUUGGUGCAAAGAAUCACAUGAAAUAGAACCUAAAAAGAUAGUUCAAUAAUAGGAGAGAUGUGGUUGAGCUUGGCUGUCAAAGGAUCUAGCUGUAAGUGAUUUUAUUAAAAUACCAGAAAGAAAUACCAAGGAUAGCUGCAAAAAUUCCAAAUUUACAGAGCACAAAGCAUCUACCAGGAAGCCUAAAACAAGACAAAACAAAUAAAAAAUGAGUGCAUUAUUUUUAUGAAGAAUGUACCUUCUGGCAUUUUAUAAUUACAAUUUGAUUGUCAGUGCAUAAAUAUAUUAAGUUCAUUAGACUUGCUGCUUUUGACUAAAUAAUAAACUUAAAAAUCUAUGAAUAUCAUCAAACCAGCAAGUAAGAGGGAAUGAAAUGGUAAUACCAGAAUAUGUUGAGUUAAUUAUUUUCCCUUUUGGAAGGAAAAAAAAAAAUCACGGUUUUUCUAUCCCUCCAUGCCCCUCUCCCCACAUUUUCUUUUGUAAGCAAUGGGAUAAUUUACAAGGACAACUUUAUCUUGAAAGAGUGACUCACAUCUGGGAUGAGACUUAUUUUCAUGGAACAUUGACAAUUGGAAGAAAUGUUCUAGACAAAAUGCACUUUAUGAUUUUCAGAAUAUAAGGAGCAUUUUUGUGCACAUCAAUACAGGUUAUCCCAGGAGGGUUAUUUAGACACCAUUCCAUGCCACAAAACAAAUAUGGGGGAGGAAAUGAGUGCUGCAUUAGCUUUUUAAAGUCAAGAAGUAUAGGCAUUCCCACUGUGGUGUAGUGGAAACAAAUCUGACUGGGAAUCAUGAGGUCUCAGGUUUGAUCCCUGGCCUUGCUCAGUGGGUUAAGGAUCUGGCAUUGUCAUGAACUAUGAUGUAGGUUGUAGAUGUGGCUUGGAUCUUGCAUUGCUGUGGCUGUGGUGUAAGCUGGCAGCAAUAGCUCUGAUUCGACCCCUAGCUUGGGAACCUCCGUCUGCUGCAGGUGCAGCCCUAAAAAGCAAUAAAUAAAUAAAUAAAUAAAUAAAUAAAUAAAUAAAAAGUCAAGAAGUAUCAUAUAAUCCAUUACUUAUUACAUGCAACAAAAUAUGUACAUGAUCAUAUGUCUGUGCUCCUUUCUUGAGGUCGUUAGCUAUAACAUGAAGGAUGAAAUAAGGAUUAUGAGAGCAAAGACGUAAAAGACCAUUGUCCUUCCUGGUUCAAGAUGCUCUGGUAACAUUACUUUCUCUCAUUCCAAAAGCCCAAAAUAUUCCCACUGAAAUAUUAUAAAAACAUAUUCCCCAAAAAGUUUUGUUUUCUUACAUAUCUUUAAGCUUUAAGAUAUUUUUUCAUGCUUUGCUUUUAUUAUCAAUAUUGUUAAAAUUUCAAUGUAAUUUUAUAACUGCCUGAUUAUAAACUGAAAACAGUUUUCUGAAUUUUCUCAUCAGAAAAGGCUGCAAAAAGAGUCUUAAGAAAAAGGUAUACACUUAUUUCUGCAAACUUAGCAACAUAUGUAAUUGUAAUUUUUAUUUUAUGCAUUGGUUUUGAAUUCGUAAAAAUGAAAUUAAAUUUGCCCCUCCAUCCAAGGAGUAGCAGGAGUAGAUUCUAAUAGUUCAAUGAAAUGUUUUGUGAAACUAUAAACUCUUACAUAUAUUUUUUAACAAAAACAUUAAGUAACUUUGUGGCACACUUUUUAAUUUUUUUUUUUUUUUUGCUUGAAUCUGUCAUACGGAAACUUAAUGUUUAACUGACUAAAGAGACCUGCAAUGAAAUUACAAGAGUUGUUCUGUUUGCUUUUUGUACUAGGUGCUUGUAAGACUCACAAACAAUAAAUAGUGGAAAUCUUCUGGA